GGCGCAUUUCACUUCGCAAAAAUGAUUUUCCUUCUCUUAACUCUACUAUGGAUCCCCGCCACGUCAUCAGAAGAAGCUAUGCCAUAUUUGAAUUGUGAUACUAUUACCGGAGACUUCCACUUUCAAAUGAUCAGAUUCGCGCGAGCGAUGGAAGUUGGUGACAAGCUCACCAUGAAAGGAAAAAUCAUGAAUCCUGCGAAUAUGUCCUACCUUCAUCUUUAUCAGGGCUUUAAUAGUGUCUACGAGAAAAGUCCUCUUUCGCUUCACAUCAGAGUGCAGUACCUGAGAAACUCAAUUAUCUACAACAGUUGGUUUGGAAGUUGGGGAGGCGAACAGUUCUCCCAACAGCCGUUCCUCAGUGGCAACUACUACUCAAUUUCAGUUCUCAAAGGACCCACCUACUACAGUAUUUAUAUGGGGAACCUACUGAUAACCAAGUAUGCAUUCAGAAAUCCCGCAAAUUGGCAAAUUGGAAAUUUGCUGGGUUAUGGAGAUUGGACAGUUACCUCUGUUUCAAUGACCUGCGUUCGUCCGGGAGUUCCGACAACUCCUGAUCCAAAAGCAACUACUACACCGACUCCGACCACCACAAAAGCCCAGAAUAUUAUCGCCGAGGAUCCGAAUGGUGGACAACUUGGAGGCGGCGAGCUGGUUGUCACGAACCCGGGAAGUGUCGGGUCAGGGAGUGGGAAUAGUGGAAACUCCAGUAACAAUAACAAUAGCUCUGGAAAUAGUAAUUAUGGAAGUAAUAACUCUGGAUCCGGAAAUGGGAACUCAAAUUCUGGAAAUGGAAAUUCUGGAAACGGCAACGGAAAUAAUGCCGGCAAUUCUGGCAAUGGUAAUGGAAAUUCUAAUGGUAACAAUGGUAAUGGUAGCAAUGGCAAUGGAAACGGUAAUAAUGGAAACGGAAAUAAUGGUAACAAUGGGAACGGACACCCCCAGUACCCAUACCCCGUGCCACCACAUGGCUACUAUCCUCCAGGCUACCCAUACCCACCCGGAUACCCGUACCCACCACCAGGAGCAUUUUAUUACCCGCCAGGAGGCAUCCCGCAAAACGGAAUGAAUGGACAGAAUGGUAAUGGACAGCCGAACAUUAUUGUGAUCAACUCGGGCGGUAAUAAAAAGAGAAAUCGUGGAGGUAAUCUCCGGCCACAGUUUGAUGUUGAUUUGGAUGGUGAUGAGGAUGAGGAAUGUUGAUUGGCUUCAGACUUGAUUAAUUGUUAAUUUUAAUGAAGUUCUU